GUUGGAAUGUGCAAGGGAUUUUUGAUAUGCUGCUUUGCAGAAGGAACCAGCGGAGUUAAAGUGAGAAAUGCUGACAUGUUGACAUCACUGGGAAAAUUUUGAAGAUUCACUAAAGUUUGAAAGGCCGGGGGCGCUUGGCUUUCAGGGUUGUUUAUAAGUCAGCGUAAUCAUUAUGGCGUCUGUGACAGUUGAAAGCAGGCUGGCAUUUUCCAUCGAUCGGAUUCUGGGUUUGGAAAGGCCCAGAAACUGCCUGAAACUCCACCGACCCUGGGCAGAAAAUAAUGUGGAGAGCGAGAACAGAGAACAACAGCAGCAGCUAAACUCCCAGCCGACAUCAAACUGGUAUAUUGGACGCAGACCACGCACUGCCUUUACCAACAGCCAGGUGAGUAUACUGGAGACAGUGUUUCAGGUGAAUUGUUAUCCGGGUAUUCAGCUGAGGGAACAGCUGGCAGAGAGACUCGACUUGGAUGAGGACAGAAUACAGAUCUGGUUUCAAAAUCGACGCGCCAAACUGAGGCGUUCGCUCAGAGAAACCCGACUGCAGCUGGUUCAAACAGCUGUGGCUGACCUCGAGGUCGGACAUGAGGUCAUUGGUCAUCUGCAGGUCAGGUUGGGCAGGCGAGGUGACAGAGAGCUCCUCUCUCAUCUACAGGUUGAGGCAGAGAAAGAAGGCUGAUUAACGACUUUUUCUUAUUAAGGACACAUCAUCAGUUUCUUCCAGAUUCUGUCUUUUGUCUUUCUUUUGUCCAAAAACAUGACAAUGAAAAAAAAUGGAGACAAAUUAAUGUCCGAGUUGUUUCGCACUGUUUUAUCUCAGUGAGCGGCACAAACCCAGGUGAUUGUUUUUGGCACUAAAAAUAAAUUCCUCAAGUUGAACAUACUGAUAAACUAUAAUGUUUGACAUU